ACAAUUUCUCAUCAGUGUGUAGUACUACUACUCUCAGACACAAAGCAUUUGCUACAUUUGCCUUUUCCCUUGCCAUGGCUUCCUCACCAAAACUCAUCUCUAUCCUCUUCCUCUUUGCUCUCUUCUCCAUGCAAAUUCAUGCCAGGGAAUUCUUCAGCAAAAUCCCAAGUGUCAACAACAAUGAGAAAGAGACAACAACCAUCCCUGACACAAGAGAGCAACAGCAUGAAUCCUUCAUACCUGCGACAACCCAUAAGACUUCACUUCCCAACAGAGAGGAGCAGACUACUUUUGGGAAGCAAGAGCAAGAACCAAGGUUUAUCCCCGAAACCCAAAAUGGUUAUGGCCUUUAUGGGCACGAGUCAGGCCAGCUCCCUCCCAGCACCACCACUAAAGAAACCUAUGAACCCUAUGUUACCCCGGUCAGAUACCACCCAGAUGAACCCUACAACAGCAUUCCUGCAUCCAACAACAACAAUAACAAAAACACUUACUAUUACAACAAGAAUGCCUACGAGAGCACUGAGCAGCAAAACUUGGGUGGGGCCAGGUUCACAGAGAAAGGAUGGAGCACUAAGGAAAACCAGAACAACAACUACUACUACGGUAAUAAUGGGUACAACAAUAACAAAAAUACCUACUAUUACAACAAGAAUGCCUACGAGAGUACAGAGCAGCAAAACUUGGGUGAGGCCAGGUUCACAGAGAAAGGAUGGAGCACCAAGGAAAACCAGAACAACAACUACUACUACGGCAACAAUGGGUACAACAAUGGUGAAAAACAAGGCAUGAGCGACACUAGAUACCUGGAGAAUGGAAAGUACUACCAUGAUAUUAAGAGUGAGAACAACAAUUAUCCAAACCAGUUUGAGAACUCCAGGGGAGGUGCUUCAAGGAACGAGUUCAACGAGAAUCGUUACAAUAACAUGGGAAGGUACAACCAGAAUCAAGAGGAGUUCGAAGAGAACGAGGAAGAGUUCGAACCAUGAGCUUUGGUACCCUACAGUUUAUUUGAAGAACAUCAAGUAAAACAAGCACUGUUUUUAAUUAUUAGAUGUUAAGUAUGGUAAUUAAUUAUCAAAAAGAGUAAAGAAGAUAAAAAUAAUUUUUAUUGGGUCUUUGCGGUUUCUUUAUCUUUGUAUUUUCUGGUUUGCAUAGACAUAGUAUCCCCUUGCUUUGAAAUGCUAAAGGUAUGAGAGUUAUGUCUUUUUGUUUUCUUUUUUACUUAUCAAACAAUUUAUUGAAUAAAAAUGUAAGUAUAUAGGCUUUUGUAUUGAAACUGAUGUUUCUUGAUGCAAGGAUAACAUAGA